CUCCACCACCAGAGGGACUGCAACUCCGGCGGCACUCGAACCUUCGCUGGGCCGGAGCCCGGGGACCAGGCUCGGGCUUUCAGAGUUCCCACUCUGGAUGGAGAGUUUGUGUACCAGCCCGGCGCCCUGCAGGGAUCUCUGUUCAUUCACACCUUCACCAACAAGUGGUUCCUGGAGUGUCUGUGGAGCACCGAGUCCUCCCUGUCUGCACUUGUGCAGGACUUGCCCGAGAGCGCGCACGUGCUAUUCGUGUCUGCGGACGACUCGGCAGUCAGUGACGUCAUGUGGAUGAGGAGCAGUUGGUGCGGGGUGGCAACCAACAGGAAACAAGAGGUUCUGUCCCGGCUGCAUUUCUCCGCAGUGCCUCUCUUUGCUCUGGGUAACUGGAUUGCCAAUGUGGCGUAUUACUGGAACUGCAAUGGAAGCUGUGGCCUGUCACAGGCUGUUUUCACCUCAGAGGGCUGGAACAUACCCGUGAUUGUCAAGAGACUGGAUGCCAGAUAUGAUUGGCUUGGGCAUGAGGCACGCUGGACUAACAUCACGUAUAAGCUGGUUGAUGCAGGUGAUGGGUGUGAGCCCUCUCCCUCUGUGGAGGGUGCUGUAGCCUGGGUAUCUGAGUCCAACUGCUCCUUCUUCACAAAGAUGCAGAGCAUGUCCAAAUCCAAUGCCACCGGUGUUCUUGUCUAUGCCCUCCCUGGUAAUCCCAUCCAGGAUAUGAACUGUAAUGGGGAUGAAUGCAACUCAUCGCUUAGCAUCCCUGCUGCCAUGGUGCAUCUGGAGCCUUCAGUCACUCAGGCACUCCAGUCUGAACAGCUGGUGAAUGUGUCCUUCCAGAAAACUUCAUCCCCAAACUUCUUCAUUGCCAUUGACCAACAGGGGGCACUGGCUGAGAUGGGCUUGUUCCUCUAUCCAUCCUUCAGUUUCCUAAACUGGCAGGCACAGUGGUUUGAGUUCAUUGCAGAUCUGAAGACCAAACUUCAGCUUCCUGCAAAGGUAGUUUCUGUCUUUAACAAAACCCAAAUGCAGGGAGAGAAAGGAGCAAUGGUGACAGUCAACAUGCCAUCAGGCUUGAUGGACUUUGACAGACUUGAGCUUGACAUGUCGCUGUCAUGUCCUGGCAGAAGAGACAUGUCUUGUGCUCACUGGGAUCAUACAGUACAACUGUUUGUUUGCUGCAAUGACCUCAGUCCGUACUGCAACAUGGAGCUGGGACGGUGGAUCACUGCGUUCCGCAGACGCAUCGGUCACUGGCUCACGGACGUGUCCCCACUUAUCCCCUUACUGGACAGCAGCAGAUGCACCUUCACUAUGAAGACUCCGCCGUGGGCCAAGCUGUGGCUGGUGUCCCUCAACCUGAGAUUUAGUGCUAACAAAAUAACAAGUAAGCUUGUAGAAAUGCCCCGCCCCUUCAGAUUGAUGUCACUGUACAGCGGGGGUAUCUUUGACAAAAACUACAACAAGAGAUACCAGCCAAUCAAUUUCACUGUUCCAGUCUCAACCAAAAAGGUGGAGCUGUUCGCCGUCAUCACGGCUCACGGCAGUGAUGAGAACAAAUGUGGGGAAUUUUGUAUCACCUCCCACCAUUUCUUAAUCAACACUGUUUUUAACAACACUCUCACAUUUGACACUGCAGAUUCACCUCUGGGCUGUACCACGCGAGUUAAAGAUGGUGCAGUACCUAACGAGUAUGGAACAUGGCUGUAUGGGCGAGGAGGAUGGUGUGGUGGACUGCAGGUUGACCCCUGGAGGACUGACAUCACCGAACAGUUGGAGAUGACUGGAUGUAAAUCCAACACGAUCGCCUACUUUGGCUUAUUCAAAGGACAGGAACCUAAUUCCACAAAGGAGCCUGGAUACAUCAUCAUGUCUUCUUUUCUCAUAUUUUACAAAUGAUACCGCUCUGUCAAACUGAACACUUUCACUAUUGAUCCAAAUGAAAAACGAUGAUUGAUCAUGAAUAGAAAGUCAAG